UGUAAAAUAUGACCCGUGUUAUCUAUAUUUUGUUAUCCAGCAAAAAGUUAACGUUAGAUCUAAGAUAAUUCUGUAAGGCAGUGGCUUGUAGUCUGACAGAAACCUGCAAACAUGAGCAAAGGACUUGUCUUGGGUGUAUAUGAGCCAAAUGAAAAAGAUGGACCAUUUAUAUUCUCUCCAUCUGCUAAAAGCUUUGAUGAAUCUACUGCUGGAAAACUUGAGUCUGUUUUAAAGAUUGCUGGUAAAACCCUGAGCUGUGGUAAAGUCCGUCUGCUGUAUGGCCUUGAUGAAACCUACUCUACUGUGACUGUAGCUAACCUUGGGAAACAAGAUGAAGGCUAUGAUGACACUGAACAGGUUGAUCAGGGAAAAGAAAAUGUCAGAACUGCUGUUGCAAGAGCAGUUCUAAGUUUGUGUGAAGUGGGAGAAACAGAUGUGGAUGUAGAUGCAUGUGGAGAUGCUGAAGCUGCUGCUGAAGGUGCUUUUCUAUCACUGCAUUCUUUUGAUGAUCUGAAACAAGAAGACAAAAGGAAACCGAAAGUGAAUGUCACUCUCUACACUAAAGGCCUGGGAGAUGAGUCAAAUGCCAAGGCACAGUGGUCAAGAGGUCAAGUACUGGCCACUGCCCAGAACUUUGUCAGAUGGCUGCAAGAAAACCCAGCUAAUCUCAUGACUCCUACAUUCUUCUGCCAGCAGGUCAAGAGGAAUUUAGGAGAUCUUAAAAAUGUCAAGGUAACUGUGAGAGAAAAGGAAUGGGCUGAAUCCAUGAAGAUGGGAUCUUUCCUAUCAGUAACCCAGGGAUCAGAUGAGCCACCAAAGUUUCUAGAAAUUGAUUACCAAGGUGGAAAGGCUGAUGAUCCAUUUGUUGUAUUUGUUGGCAAGGGAAUCACUUUUGAUAGUGGUGGAAUCUGCAUCAAGGCAUCACUUGGUAUGGAUGAAAUGAGGGCAGACAUGAGUGGUGCAGCUUGUGUAGUCAGCAGCAUUCAAGCAGCUGCUAAACUUGGGCUACCUAUCAACGUGAAAGGUCUAGCACCUUUAUGUGAGAACAUGCCUAGUGGAAAAGCCACCAAACCAGGUGAUGUGGUCACGGCUAUGAAUGGGAAGACCAUUCAGGUUAAUGACACUGAUUAUGAGGGCAGGCUAAUACUGGCUGAUGCUUUAUGUUAUGCUGAAACAUUCAAACCAAAGCUAAUUUUGGAUAUUGCAACUCUAACAGGUGAAGUCAUCAUAGCCUUAGGAGCUGCGGCAACAGCAGCGUAUACAAAGUCUGAAAAUAUUUGGGAAAAUUUGCACAAUGCAGGUAAAGCAACAGGUGAUAGGGUGUGGAGGAUGCCGUUAUUUAAACAUUACACCAAACAGAUGACUGAGUGUGAUUUGGCUGACAUUAACAACGUUGGCACCAAGGGGAGAGAAGCAGGGAGUUGUACUGCUGCUGCUUUCUUGAAGGAAUUUGUGUCAACUGACAACUGGGUCCAUCUAGAUAUGGCAGGUGUUAUGACAAACAAUGGUGAUGUGCCAUACUUGGGUAAAGGGAUGUCAGGUCGCCCUACAAGAACCCUAGUUCAAUUCUUGGAAAACCUGAGUAAACAGCAAGCUUAAUAUUUCACUAAGUUUUAUUCAGUAUUAUAAGAAAUGAUGAUUUAGGUAAUUAAUUAGAGAGCAAGAUUUAACCAUAAUGUGAGUCAGGAGCCUAUUAGCAUGGUUGUGAAAAGGGGACUUACUAUGAAGAAACCGAAAAUGGCAUACACAUUUUAAAUUAUUUUUCUGACAACUAAUUUUCAGAUGCAAUGGUGCUGAUCGAACUGUAAAUGAAUUUUAAAGAAAAAUGUUAAGACUGAUUUCAUUGUAAGAAAACCAUAAACAGAAAAAUGAAUAAUGUAAACAAAAUUAAAGGAUAGUAUUGUUUUGUUGAACUAAAUGGCAUUGUUUAUCAAAAUAAAAUUAAUUUAUC